AUGAAUAUUACGUUAUUGAAAAGGCAUUCAGGAAUAUGGGAGAGUGAGGUUAACUACAAUCAAUACAAAAGUGAUGGGAUAGUGGUUGGAGAAAAUAUUUCAUAUAUGAAUUUGAUCUCAGCAAUUGCUACUGAAUUAAAUAUUGAUGAAUUGAAAAAAAAUAUUAUUAUCCGAUAUAUUGUAGAGGGCAAUUCUUCUCUGAUAAUAAUUAGGAAGGAUAUGUGUGUGAAGCUAUUUAUAGAAAUAAAGAAGGAAGAGGUUGGAUUCAGUAUGUAUCCGCUUUGCAUCGAUACAAAUGAUAGAAGUACAGAGGAGUUACAAAUUUUUGAUUCAAGCAGUGGUGUAAUUAUGUGUAUUGAAGGUGGACAAAGAGACGCUAAUGCUCUAAACGUUGUUGAAUCAAACAUUGGUGAUUCUUGUUACAUAUCCGAGAUGGAGAAAGAAAAUUAUAUAUCAGAUACAAAUAUAUCAAAUGUGGAGACGAAACAAUUGUACAAGGAUAAAGCAACUCUUGUGGCUGUAAUGAUGAAAUACAAAAUUAAAACUAGCUUCAAUUUUAGAGUCAAGCGGUCAGAUACAAAAAGCUAUGUUUUAGAGUGUUAUUCGGAGACUUGUUGUUGGAAAUUAAAGGCGUCUGUUAAGAAAAACACUGAUAUAUUCAAAGUAAGAUACUUCAACAGUGAGCAUACAUGUCCAUUAAGGGAUAGGGUAUUAAGUAAAGUACAAGCUACUGUUGGAUUUAUUGGUGCUUUUACAGCUCCAAAAUUGGUAAAUCAUAAAAGAAAACAUACUCCAAAUGAUAUAAUUGAUGAUGUUAGGGAAAUCUAUGGUGUUGAGAUUUCUUACUAG